GGGACCGUUGCUAGCGCGCCUGCGUGGACGAGAAGUGGAAGCCCGCCGGGUCUCUGCGGUAACGGCUGUCCGUUGACCAGCUGGCUGCCUGCGAAAGCGCUGGUCAUGGCGCCAACGUCCGGGUCCCGCUAUCCCGAGGACACCCCGGGAUCUCGGAGACGGCGACGCAGCUCGUCCGGGAGCCCGCCGUUCGCGCAGGCCAGGCGCUCCCCUUGGAGCGGCCGUUCCGGCUCCCACUCCCGCGGCCGCGAGGGCCUCAGGCCUCGGUGGGGCGGGACGGGCGUGGACACCCCUCACCGCCUUAGCCGCUCGGGGUCUCGAGAGCGGCUCUCCGGGCUCCGCAACUACUUCUUCUCAUCCUCAUCUUCGACCUACUGUGGCGGAUACCGCUACCAUCACCACCACUACGCGGGCGACCGGCAGUGGGCGGAGGACUGCGAGAAGGAUAAAGAGGAGAGCUAUCGGCAGAGGCGGCUGAGGGAGCGAGAAAGGAUUGGGGAGGUGGGAGCUCCUGAGGUGUGGGGGCUGUCUCCCAAGUUUCCUGAGCCUGAUUCUGAUGAGCGCAGCCCAGUUGAGGAUGAAGAAGUAAAGACUCAGGAGAGCAGCAUUUCAGAUUCCAGCUUGGAAGAAAAAAAGAAAAAGAAGACCAUUCGUUCAAAAAACAAGAAAAAAAGAAAGAAAAAGUCCAAAAGAAAACAUAGGAAAUAUUCCGAUAAUAGUGACAGUGAUUCAGACUCUGACACUAACUCUGGCUCCAUUGAUGAUAAAAAGAGAGCCAAGAAAGCCAAGAAGAAAGAAAAGAAAAAGAAACAUAGAGCAAAAAAAACCAAGAAAAGGAAGAAUAAGAAGACUAAAAAAGAUUCCAGUGAUUCAAGCUGUAAGGAUUCAGAAGGAGAGUUUCCAGACCAUAUAUGGAUUAAGCAGUCAAAGAUUGCAGAUACCACGGCUCUAAUAGGUCCAGAAGCACCUGUAAUACACACCUCUCAAGAUGAGAAACCUUUGAACUAUGGCCAUGCUCUGCUCCCGGGUGAAGGUGCAGCUAUGGCUGAGUAUGUAAAAGCUGGAAAGCGUAUCCCACGAAGAGGUGAAAUUGGUCUGACAAGUGAAGAGAUUGCUUCAUUUGAAUGCUCCGGUUAUGUUAUGAGUGGUAGCAGGCAUCGCAGAAUGGAGGCUGUGCGACUGCGCAAAGAGAACCAAAUCUACAGUGCUGAUGAGAAGAGAGCCCUUGCAUCCUUUAACCAGGAGGAGAGACGAAAGAGAGAGAAUAAGAUUCUAGCCAGUUUCCGAGAGAUGGUGUACAGAAAGACAAAAGGGAAAGAUAACAACUAAGGACUUUUUGUUCUACAGCAGGACUUUUAACAACAACAAUUUUAUAUGAGCAAAAUAGUAUUAAAACACUUUAUGUUGCUACUGUGCCUAUGCUGUAAGUCCCUCAAGAAAAAGCUGCUUUUUAAGUUUUC